CAAUCUGAAUCAUUUUUUCUCACUUCAAAAAAAAAACUUAAGCACCAAAAAAAUGGCUAGAAACACAGUCCCAUUCAAAUUAAUUUCUAUCCUUGUAUUGUUUUUUUCAUGCAAAUGCUAUUGCAUGGAACAUAAUAAAAAAGCAAUCAGAGGCAUGUUUGUGUUCGGUAGCUCUCUGGUUGACAAUGGCAACAACAACUUCAUAAAUACAGUUGUUAAAUCCGAUUUUCUGCCUUAUGGAGUAGAUUUUCGUCACGGACCGACGGGAAGAUUUACGAAUGGAAAAAAUGUUAUUGAUUUAAUUGGCGAUAAGCUUCAUCUUCCUUUGAUUCCACCCUUUUAUGACCCUGCAACCAUUGGAAGAAGAAUUAUCCAUGGCGUAAGCUUUUCGUCUGGUGCUUCAGGGAUUCUAAACGAAACCGGAACAGACCUUAGGGUGAUUGGUUUGCAUAAGCAAAUGAAGAACUUUGAGGAGGUAACAUUACCACAAUUGGAAACAUUAUUGGGUGAGACAAGUGAGAAAUUUCUAAAAGAUUACUUGUUUGUAUUUGGAGUUGGAGGAAAUGAUUAUACUCUCAAUUUCUUCUAUUAUCCCCAAAAUGUCACAAUUGAGGUUUUCACUACCAAUCUCAUCAACUCAUUAUCAGAUCAGCUUCAGACAUUGUACAAUUUAGGUGCUCGAAAGUUUGUAAUGAUGUCGGUAUAUCCUCUGGGGUGCUAUCCGAGUGCUAGAAAGAGCCACGAACUAGGUGCGGUUAUAUGCCUUCGACAUCUGAAUGAAGCUGCUGAAAUCUUCAAUUCUAAAUUGAAAUCUUUGGUAGAUUCUAUUCAUUCAAUAAUGCCUGCUUCCACCAUUGUCUAUGUCGAUUGCUACGACAUCACUAUGGAUCUCAUCGUCAAUCCGGCCUCAUAUGGAUUUGAAGAUUCAACAAAUACAUGUUGUGAAGUGACAUCCGAAAGCAAUUUUAGCGCUUGUAGAAAAAAUGGACAAAUAUGUGAAGACAGAAGCAAGUUUGUGUUCUUUGAUGGAGUUCAUCCAACAGAAGCAGUCAAUGAUAUAAUAAUAAAUAAGGCAUUUAAUUCUGAUCUUCAAAGUGAAGUUUAUCCUAUUAAUAUCAAACAAUUACUGAUGAACCAACUGAUCAAUUCAAUUUGAUUUCAUUUAAUACGGUUUAAGUUAAUUAUGAUCUUAUAGAUUGUGUUUUGAGUUUAGUUUGGUUCGGUUUAAUUUCUCCGACAUAUUAUUUCGGAGUGAAAUAAUGUUUUCUAUUGUACUAGUUGACGAUUGUGUAUGUGCAAUGCAUAGCUUUGCAUAAAUAUCAAUUAAAUAUAAUUACUAUGAAUCUUAUCAUUUUAA